AUGGAUCUCCAAGGAACAAAAGAAGCUCGGACACAGGAGGAGGGUGCUGAAGGUCCUCUAGAGGCCUAUGGUGCUGGAGGUGGUCGUUCAAAAGAGUAUCACAAGAACGAGGGGCGAGAUUCUCACAAUCGCGAUGACCGAUCUUCUAUCAAUCCCCUUCGACGUCGCCAACCGCCCUUCGCCUACCCCCAUGGAGCUCGACAAUCUGCAUCGCCGAUACCAGCCGUUGUUUCUCGGCUUCGAGAGCCCUCCCCAUCACCGGAGGCUAUCAGUAUACCUCAAGAUUUGGGACUGAGUUCCCGCGAUCAGCGACUACUACGCAAGGCUCGGAGAUCCCCACCGGUUACGAAGAAAACACUCAGCGAGCUUGAUCUACCCUGUAUCAUGAGCAACAUCAACCUCCGUAUGGACGCCAACUUCGACCGCGACCUGCACUUCAAGCCAGACCUAGACGGAGAGAAGGGCCAACGCAAGCGGAAAGAAGCUGCAGAUUAUUGGGACUCUUUGGCCGCGGAGAUUACCGUCUACUCUUUCAAUGCUGCAACUGCCGAUUCCACCGCCGAGGAAGUCGAGUCGAGUGAUGGUACUCGACGCACCUUCGAUCCCCGUUUGCCUGCCCUAUUCGAGACAUUGCAGGACGUCAUCAAAACACUUGUGCCAGAACGGGACCACCCAACUAUCAUGCAAAACCUGGAAGUUCCAUUGCUCAUGCAGCAAAUACGUAAAGGCGUUCUCGACAUGCUUACGCUGGCGAAAUGGCUGGCGAAACUCCUGAAAACUCAUUGUGCUCCAAUGCGAGACGAGUGGGCUGAUUCUAUGGUCGAGCAAAUCGAAAAGGGUUCACAGUCUCAGGAUCCUCGGGAGAUUGUCAACGGUCUGCGAACAUUGUUCUCUAUCCUUGAGGCGAUGAAGUUGGACGUCGCCAACCAUCAGAUUCGAGCAUUCCGCGUUCUCCUCAUCGAAGACACAGUCCCCUUCCUCCAAGAAUACUUCCAAGGCAAAAUGAACCGCGGCAGCUUCCAGGUCGAACCCGCCCGCCACUGGUACCUAUCAGUGCGCGAACAAGCCCGCCUAGACGAUGCAAAUGCAGAAGCCCAAAAAACAACCCCAAUCCCAGAAACAGAGGACACUCUAAAACCCCUCGAAGCCCUCUUCCGCGGAAUCUCCUCCCAACUCCUCCAAUUCACCCCACCCACCGAAUUCCCCGAAACCUUCCUCUUCGACUCCGAGCGUCUCUGGCAACUCCGCUCAACAGUCCAAAAUCUAAUCAACCUCGACAUCGCCUGGUACAUCUUCGAGUCCUACGUCAACAAGCACAAGCGGUAUCUCUCAACCCCAGAAGAAACCUACUCCACCUUCCGGUCUCGCAUCUGGUCCUUAAUGGAAGACGGCAUGGACCUGGAGAACCGUGUCGCAGGGAACCCAGACAACAACGACGACGAUCCCGAUCACCGUGGCGGAAAGCGCUGGACGCAAAAUAUGCGCUGUAUCGCGCUGGAGAUUGCCCGCUUCGCCUGUGCAGCGCUGCAGCUUGACCCUGUCGUCGCAGAUGAGGUCAUUGCACCCAUCGAAGAAGCUCUUGAGUGGCAUCUGUCAAAUGAGUCCGAGCUCUUCGUUUUCUUCCAAAAUAGCAUGCGUGCCAAGAUCCUUGCUACUACGCUGGCAGCGGCUCGGAGAUACUUGCCGCUGUCCCCCUUGGCGAUCUGUGAGUCACAACGCGCUCCAAUGUCUGCUGCUGUGGGUCCUGCUGUGCCGCAGACCGGGACUACCAAUGCGUCUACAUCGACGAAUACUUCGUCGCUGGCUUUCGCGCCGCAGCAGUCAGAUGUCGAGCGUAUCGGGAUGCGUCUUGCUCAUAUGGGUGUACUGCACUGGCGUGUUUGGGCUCCCUUGUUGUACCUUCGAGACGAGAUCGCGAUGGUGGAGCUUGAGCAGCCACCAUUGGUCUACCGCAAAGCCCGACACGGAAAUUCAAGACAUAUCAUUCUUGUACCGAAAAAUCUAGACCGCGACCCCAAUGCGACCCUUGGCAAGCAACAAGCACAAACAAACCCAUUGGGCCCAAUGCGUCUUUCUGCAGCCCUGUACUCCCCAGCCCACCCUUGGCUCGCAUGCUUGAAAUCAGCACAAUUGCAGCGCAUCGCGCGCGCAACGGGCAUCCAAUCGUCCGGUACGAAGGGUGUUCUGAUUGAGCGCAUUGCAGCAGAGUUGACGUUGCAUUCACAGUCUCAGGCGCAGUUGCAGUUGCAGUUGUCGGCUGCCGCGGAUCGUGUCGCAGACGGUGUCACUAGUAAUCCCAAUCACAGUACUACCAGUGGCAAUGCCGGCACCAGUCGAAGCCGGGAUCAGCGGGUGUCGACGAAAAAUCGCCCAAGCGAAACAAAGACAAAGACCAAGUCAGCAGACGUGUCAAAAUCAGACCCCGCUAAACAGCCAUGGAGUGUCCUCAGCAUCGAUAUGGGGAUCCAGAACCUCGCAUUUGCGCAUAUGCUCGUGCCCCGCUCUGAUGGUCCAGCUGUUGGGAUAGACGCAACACAUCCCCGACCGCCAGUGUUGACGGCCUGGCAUCGACUCGCUCUUUCUGAUCUAUCAAAUUUGAACCUCGUACCCGGGGGUAAUAUCAGUAUAAUCAAGCCCGCUGAACCAAUAUCAGGAUCUGCGGACGCCACAGAGUCAUCCCAAGCCACCAUCCAACCAAUAGAAACAAAGAAAGAUCUACAGGUCAAGGUCGCUAAAUCUACCCCAAAAGAGGAAGAUCUAUACGUUCCAGAGCUCUACGCUGCAAAUGCGUACACCCUAAUCACGUCACUGAUAUCUGCUUACCGCCCCACGCAUGUGCUCAUAGAGCGCCAGCGCUUCCGCUCAGGUGGCGGGAGUGCAGUGCUUGAAUGGACGCUGCGCGUUGGCCUGAUGGAGGGCAUGUUGUAUUCUGUCCUCCAUACGCUACGACAGGAGCGGGGCGGGGAGAUUGCGGAUUUAGUUGUUCGAGGCAUUGAGCCAAAGCGGGUAGUCAGGUAUUGGCUUGAGGGUGAAUCCGGGCCAUCAGUGUCUAGGAAAGCAGACAUGGAUGAAAAAUCAGUCGGUGAAAAGGUGAAGGAGAAGAAACUCAAGGCGCGAGAAGUGAAGAAGGCUAAAAUCGAUCUGGUUGGACGGUGGCUUUCUACUGCGAUGCAGAAUAUCAAUUCGGACACGGAGGGUGGUAUUAAGCAGCUGGAGCUGGGUAUUGCUGCCGAUAAUAAGAUCGUGCUUGCGGAUAAAUCCGUGUCUCCUGCUUUGCAUGGUGCUGCGGGGGCGUAUAUGCGGAAGUGGGAGGGCCAGAUAAAGAGGUCGAAGAAAAAGAAAGAGAAGGAGUCCGGUGCUUUGAAUAGUGAAUCUCUUUCUCCAUCGCCUGUAUCCCCUCUGUCCGGUAUCGAGGACGAGGCUGUUGCUGUUGAUCUGGGGAAGCUCGAUGAUCUAGCGGAUUGUUUGUUGCAGGGUGUGACAUGGGUCGAAUGGCAGAUUAUGCGGGAGCGGCUUGUCAGGGAAGGGGUCCAGGCGUUGGAGUUGAUACCGUAG